AACCAAACCCUUAGACAACUUUUCUUCAAGCAUUCAAGGCUGCAGAGUGCUUUUGGGUUUUCCUCCUCUCCUGAAGGAGAGUCUGUAGCUGGGUACAGUUCAGGGCUGUGCUCUCGCUGCUGUUCAGCUGCUGUGAACCCACUGAGUUUUAAACUCAUUAGUGCUGUGUGAAACAGCAGUGAAAAUAUUUCUCUGAGUAAAUCAAGCAGCAAAGGGAACCUGGGGCAGGAUUUGCCUCUGCUUUUUCUGAAAUGAAAAAGGAUUGGGACCCGCGGUUCGCCCUGCUCCCGAGCGAGGACAGCGCCGGGAGGGGAGGGGCGGCGGGUGCCGGCAGGGGCGCGGCGCGGGCAGGGCGGCCGUGCCCCGCAGGAGCGGAGCGCAGCGGGCCGGGCCGGGCCGGGCUGUGCCGGGCUGUGCCGGGCCCGGGCCGCUGUGCCGUCCUGCUCAUGCCGUUUGGAACCCGCGGGGGAGCCGCCGGCCCUGCACGCCCCGAGACAGAGCAGUGUUUCUUGUCCGGAUUGCUCAGCGGGUGCAGAGCAGUCCUCCCAUGGCAGCUGCGGUAGCUUCCCCUGCCCUGAAGUGCAUCAUGGCCAGCACAUCCUGCCAGCCGAACCCACCGGGCUGAUUCGGAACUUGGACUGACCCUGGGUCAAAUGCACCCUCGUACUCUGUGUCACAAGGAAAUGCCGUGCAGCAGCAGCACCCCACCACCUGCUCUUUCAGGGAGAUGGCCGUCAAUGAAAAACUCUAAUGAAAAAAACAGCUUCCACCAAGUCUCUCCAUUAUGUGCUCAUUCCUUUUUAUGUUCUCAAACUAUUUUUUCCCUCACUCCUCGCCCCCCCCGCCUUUUUUUUUCUUUUUUUUUUUUUUUUUUUUUUUUUUUUUUUUUUUUUUUUUUUCCUUCUUCUUUCUCCCCUGUUGCUAAUGAGCACUUGAGAAUUUGAUUUAGCUCCUUGGAAUGACUGCCACUUACUGCUAGAAUGUUAAUCUGUCUAAACCCAUUCAGCUCCUCUUACUUGGAAGUCAGUCACCUGGAGCCUGCAUUUUAGAGAUGCUGGCUAAGGCAGUCCAACAGCAGAGAUGUUUUGGGACAAUUCCCACAGCUGGGAGUAGUCUCGGGAAACUCAUAGCUACUAGACGAGGCAGUGUUGAAUCCUCGGGAUCAGCAGAACUGGAGCAAACUCUGGCAGAGACCAGAAGUGCAAAUGCAGGGGAGACAGGAGGCUGCUGAGCUGCAGCUCCCACACGGGGUGCCACACCAGCGUGUUCUGUAUUAACCUUUAGUUAAUAGUGAGAAUAUACCCAAGGAGGGUGUAGGCAAACCAGGACAGAACCAGGACAGAGGAGGUAUGCCAAGACACAGCAGUAGAUAAAGCUUGAAAGUGUCAGAGGAGGAGUUUGGCUUUCCAGAAGUAAUUAGAGAGAUGAUUUAAUUUGUCUUGUACUGGCCAUUUUUUUAACCCCUGUUUGGAGUGGGAGAAAAUGCACAGAAUUCCAUACAAAAUGUAGGAUACAUAGGCAUCAGCUGGGAUAGUUGACGAUGCAGUGGAGCUCUGUAUCUGUGAAUCUUUCCACUGUGCUCUUCUGGAAAGGUUUCUGUUUUAGGUUCCUUAGCAGGCUCAGAACCCCCUGUCUGUCAGACCACACUGUCCAGGCCACAGGGACAGCCACUGCUGGCCGUGAGUAGAGAGCCAGGAGCUGAGGGGUGCACGGGGGGUGGAGGGGACCAUGAAGUCCUGACCACCAGAAUUGCUCCUGGGCACUGCUUUGCUUUUUUUACAUGGGAAGAAGUGUGUUUUACCUGGUGUGGUACACUCCACCUCUGUCACUGUCCCUUCACUCCCUGUGCAGUUCUCUGAUGGCAAACUUUGCAGAGAGAAGAUGUAAUAAUUUAACAGCAGGAAAAGUUGCUUUGCUGCUGCUACAGAGGAGCAGAUUGGUCCUGUGAUCCCAUGUGAAAAAGCACAUUUUUGGAAUAAGCAAAUGUUCAGACUCAUUAUUUGUUCUUUGAAUAAAAUUUUUCUUUCUAAAUAAGAAA